CUAUUGCGUAUUGCUUAUAUUGCUGACUAUGCAUUUGACCGAAUGCCUACUUAUAUCCCAGCGUGGACUAUUAAUAUUGUCAUUCAUUUCUGAUCCAUUCUAACAUUCGACAUACCAUUUGACAGUAAAUUAGUUGAAAGUGUCAUCAUGAAGUUUUUAUUGUGUUUUUCUUUAGUUUGUGCCGUGGCAAUAGCCAAACCAAUGGAUGAAGACAAAAAAUCAGAACAACUGCCUACAUCGCUUAGCUCCAAAAACGAGCCUGUUAUAUCGAAUCACAAAGUAGAACGUAAUGAUAAAAUAUCUCCAAUAGGUCAGGUUUCUUCUGAAUCAAAUGAGAAUAAUGAAUCAAAAUCCGAUGAAAUAAAAACCACAGAUGAUAAUAAACCAAGACUCGCAUAUGAUUCUACUAUCAACCAGGUUAAUCCAUCUGCAUACUCAUCUCAAUUAACUAGCCUUCAUAACAUUGAUUCAAGUAAUCCAGUUAAUUCGGAAAAUGAGCAGUACAGAUCAGGUGCUUCUGAAUAUCCUUCAGUAGCUUAUAGGUCAUAUGGGUUAGGAUCAGAAUCAUAUAGUCCAUUCGAAUCAUCAGUUUCUUCUUCAUACCCGUUAGCAUCAUACGGGUUAAGACCCGGAUCAUAUGGAUAUUCAGGGGCAAAUGGAUUAUCGGGAUCAUAUUAUGGAUUGUCUGAAUCAUAUGGGCAAUCAGAACCAUGUGAUUAUUCACUACCCUCAGUAAUGCCAACGUCUUAUUCCAGUGCUAUCCCUUGUCAAGGUGGCAUUGCCCAACAAAUAAUUCAUAAGCCCGUCGUUACAGAAUUACAAGAAGUCAUUCACAAACCAAUAAUUACAGAAGUACAAGAAAUUGUAAAUAAACCUGUUAUUUCGGAAGUCCAACAAGUCAUACAUAAACCACUUUUCACUGAACAUAUUGGUCUUGGCCCAUCUUACCAUGGAUAUCAAAAACACGUUGUUAACCAACCUAUUUACCAUAAGCCUACUAAACAUUUUAUUCGUCAACCAGUGUCUCAUGCAUCAACCAUUCACUUACCUGAUCAAUAUGAACAGCAUGCCAGUAAUGGUCACAGUAUUUGUGAACUAGGAACAGGCUCUCCAUACGGUUUUACGGGAUCAUCGUAUCCUAGUACAUACGGGCCAGGAAUCAACGUUGCACAACCAAGUGGACAGUAUAAAUCAGCAGGACCCAGGCCUAGUGUUGCACCUUAUGAAUCAGGUCUAUCUACACCAAAUUCGCCGAGUUACUCAUCAUUACGUGGUUCAACUCCAUACCGUUACCCUUUAAUGUCUUCCGCUAAAGAUUUGUACAGAUACUCCGCUCCUGGUUCAAUUGGCUACUCAACGCCAACUUCUUCAUUAAGCUUUUCGUCAUUGCCAUCAUAUAACGAAUUAGGACCAAUAAGUCGGGGAAAAUCUUAUGGACAACAGAUUGCCACUUUCAAUACUGGUAAUAAUGGACCAUACAGAAGUUCUGAAGAAAGUUCACAGCUUAAAGCUUCAGAACAGAUUAUGUACGAUAAGUUCCUGCCGUAUAGACAACAAUUAAAUGGUAACCAACAAUAUAAUGAUGAUCAGUUUCAACAACAAUUCUCAGGAUUUCAACAACUAAGGGGGAGGAGCAAUGAAGACCCAAAACAAAUUAAAAUGGAUGUGGACGCUAUCGCCAAGCAAAUUGAAAAGAAUCCUGAGAUGAGAAAACAAUUAAUAAAAAUAAUAACAGAAAGUUUAUAUGUUAAUGACCAAAUAACUGCACAAUCCAAUAAGAAGCAACAAGAUAAAAAAAUUCAAUCAUUACCACUAACAUAACAUAAUAUAACUGAUGUAUAUAUAAUUAAGAAAAAGGAUUAUUUAAAAAAAAAAUUAAUAAAUUGACCAAUUUUAAUAAUAUAU